AUGUACGUGAAGAAGAGAGAUGGACGCCAGGAGCGUGUUCAGUUCGACAAGAUCACUGCUCGUGUCUCGAGACUGUGUUACGGCCUCGACACCGACCAUGUCGACCCCGUCGCCAUCACCCAGAAAGUCAUCUCUGGUGUCUAUGGUGGCGUGACCACUAUUCAGCUUGACGAUCUCGCUGCCGAGACCGCCGCAUACAUGACCGUCACUCACCCUGACUAUGCCAUCCUGGCGGCCCGCAUCGCCGUCUCCAACCUUCACAAGCAGACCAAGAAGCAAUGGUCUUCUGUCAUCAGCGAUCUGUAUCACUACAUCAACCCCAAGAACAACACCGCGUCGCCCAUGAUUGCUAAGUCGACAUACGAGUGCGUCAUGAGACACAAGGAGGAGCUCGACUCUGCCAUCGUCUACGACCGCGAUUUCAACUACCAAUACUUCGGCUUCAAGACCCUGGAGCGUUCCUACCUUCUCAAGCUCAACGGUAAGAUUGUUGAGCGCCCGCAGCACAUGAUUAUGCGUGUCGCUGUCGGUAUCUGGGGAGACAACAUUGAGCGUGUUGUCCAGACCUACAACCUCAUGUCGAGCAAAUUCUUCACGCACGCGUCCCCUACUCUCUUCAACGCUGGUACCCCUCAGGCCCAGCUUUCUUCCUGCUUCCUGGUCGACAUGAAGGAUGACUCCAUUGAGGGUAUCUACGACACCCUCAAGUCCUGCGCCAUGAUCUCCAAGAUGGCUGGUGGUAUCGGUCUGAACGUCCACCGUAUUCGUGCUACUGGCUCCUACAUUGCUGGUACCAACGGUACUUCCAACGGUGUCAUCCCCAUGCUCCGCGUCUUCAACAACACUGCCAGAUACGUCGAUCAGGGUGGCAACAAGCGCCCCGGUGCGUUUGCCAUCUACCUUGAGCCCUGGCACGCUGACGUCUUCGAGUUCCUUGACCUCCGCAAGAACCACGGCAAGGAGGAGGUCCGCGCCCGUGACCUUUUCCUCGCGCUCUGGAUCCCUGACCUAUUCAUGAAGCGUGUCGAGAAGAACGGUGAAUGGACUCUCAUGUGCCCUAACGAGUGCCCUGGUCUGGCCGACUGCUACGGUGACGAGUUUGAGGCUCUCUACGAGAAGUAUGAGCGUGAGGGCAAGGGUCGCAAGACCAUGAAGGCCCAAAAGCUCUGGUACUCGAUCCUGGAGGCCCAGACCGAGACCGGCAACCCCUUCAUGCUCUACAAGGACGCCUGCAACCGCAAGAGCAACCAGAAGAACCUUGGUACCAUUCGCAGCUCCAACCUCUGCACAGAAAUUAUUGAGUACUGUGCUCCCGACGAGACUGCCGUCUGCAACCUGGCUUCCCUGGCCCUGCCCGCCUACGUUGACUAUACCAAUGGUGUCUAUGACUUCAAGAAGCUGCACGAGGUGACCAUGGUUGUCGUCCGCAAUCUGAACCGCAUCAUCGAUGUCAACCACUACCCCAUCCCCGAGGCUCGCAACAGCAACAUGCGUCACCGUCCCAUUGGUGUUGGUGUUCAGGGUCUUGCUGAUGCUUUCCUUGCUCUGCGCAUGCCUUUCGAGUCUCCUGAGGCUCGUGAGCUCAACAAGCAGAUCUUUGAGACCAUCUACCACGCCGCCCUCACUGCCUCCAUGGAGAUUGCCAAGGAGGAGGGUACCUACGAGUCGUACAAGGGCUCCCCCAUCUCCGAGGGCAUCCUUCAGUUCGACAUGUGGAACGUCAAGCCUUCUGACCUCUGGGAGUGGGAUGAGCUCCGUGAGCAGAUCAAGCAGCAUGGUGUUCGCAACUCUCUCCUGUGUGCCCCCAUGCCGACUGCUAGUACCUCGCAGAUUCUUGGCAACAACGAAUGCUUCGAGCCCUACACCUCCAACAUCUACCAGCGCCGUGUCCUGGCUGGUGAGUUCCAGGUUGUCAACCCUUGGCUGCUCAAGGAUCUUGUCGACAUGGGCCUCUGGUCUGAUGGCAUGAAGAACCGCAUCAUUGCCGAGAACGGUUCCAUUCAGAACAUUCCCAACAUUCCUGCCGAUAUCAAGGCUCUGUACAAGACUGUUUGGGAGAUUUCCCAGCGCCAAGUCGUCCAGAUGGCUGCUGACCGCGGUGCCUUCAUUGAUCAGUCCCAGUCUCUCAACAUCCACAUGCGUGACCCUACCAUGGGCAAGAUUACCAGCAUGCACUUUGCCGGCUGGAAGCUUGGUCUCAAGACGGGCAUGUACUACCUGCGUACGCAGGCUGCCGCCGCUCCUAUUCAGUUCACUGUUGACCAGGAGGCUCUGAAAGUGGUGGAUGCUGCCACCGCCCGUGAGCGUCUCCCCAAGAAGCGUGCCCCUCCUGCCGGCACCAGCUACAUGUCCUCUGCCUCCCCUAUGGCCAGAGCCACUGUCACCCCCAAGGAAGCUGGCAACUCUGUCAGCUCCAACGGCAUUCCUACCCCCAGCACCACUCCCCCUCCCGUCCUCACCAGAGCCCCCUUGGCCUCGCCUCAGAAGCCCAACACCAUGAAGGCUGAUAUCGAGGAUGGCGAUAGCCCCAAAGUCCUGGCCACCGAGCCCUCGGAGCAGGUUGAUGAGGAGCUUGUCGAGGGCAAGCGCGCCAGCAACCAGGACGAAGAUGGCGCUAGCAACCAGGACCGCGAACGUGACAUUUACUCCGAGGCCGUCGUUGCUUGCAGCAUCGAGAACCCCGAGUCGUGCGUCAUGUGCAGCGGUUAA